AUGUCGCAAAUACACGCCCUCUCCGACGACCAGGUCGCCGGCGAGCUGAAGAAGAUGACGGCCUUCAUCAAGCAGGAGGCCAUGGAGAAGGCCAACGAGAUCCGCCUCAAGGCCGACGAGGAAUUCGCAAUCGAGAAAUCCAAGCUCGUCCGCCAAGAGACCGCCGCCAUCGACUCGUCCUACGAGAAGAAGUUCAAGCAGGCCAGCAUGUCGCAGCAAAUCACCCGCUCCACCGUCUCCAACAAGUCGCGGAUAAGGAUCCUGUCCGCCCGCCAGGAGCUGCUCGACAGGCUGUUCGAGGACGCGAGCAAGAAGCUGGGCGAUGUGUCCAAGAACAAGAGCAAAUACCAGGGCAUUCUCAAGAACCUCAUACUAGAGGGCGCCUAUGCGCUCAACGAGGAUAAGCUCCAGGUCACGGCAAGGAAGGCCGACUAUGACGUCGUGAAGAAGGCCAUUGAGGACGCUCAGACAGAGUACAAGAAGAAGGUGAACAAGGAGGUUGCCAUCACGAUCAAUGAGAGCGAUCCAUUGCCAGAGGGAUCGUCUGGCGGCGUCAUUAUUGCUGGUACCGGCGGAAAAAUCGAUAUCAACAACACCUUCGACGAGCGACUCAAGAUCCUCGAGACCGACGCAUUGCCCAGCAUCAGGGUCACGCUCUUCGGCGAGAACCAGAACAGGAAGUUCCGCGACUGA